GUGUUCUCCUCAGUUUCAUUGUAGUGGCCGGUUCGAGAAGAGCUGCCACGAGGGUCAACCGAGGGCGAACCGUCACACACUUGCCAUCAGGCGCUUGCGCCCUUCGAACACGGGAGUUAACAGACUCGGCGGAUCACUAACUCGCUCUCAGCAUGUCGUAUUGCACGCGUGUUCUUCGUGCACAGAAACUGUCCGCUUUAGCGGCGGACGUGCAGCAACGAUGCUUCAGCGCGAGUCCAUUGAGCUUCGCCGCCGCAAAAGUGGCAAUAUCAAAAUUCGAUUCGGCUAAUUAUCUGCCCUAUGACAAGCUAGAAGAAAAUCUGAAGAUAGUUAAAAAGAGACUGACUCGGCCGCUGACUCUGUCCGAAAAAGUUCUUUACUCUCAUUUCGAUGAACCUGAUAAACAAGAUAUCGUCCGUGGCACCAGUUAUCUCCGAUUGCGACCGGAUCGCGUCGCUAUGCAGGACGCGACCGCGCAAAUGGCAAUGUUGCAAUUCAUCAGUUCCGGUCUACCGAAGGUAGCAGUACCCUCCACCAUCCACUGCGAUCACUUGAUCACGGCACAAGUCGGCGGAGCUCAAGAUCUCAGUCGCGCCAAGGAUAUCAACAAGGAGGUCUACAGUUUUUUACAAACCGCUAGCGCUAAGUAUGGUGUGGGCUUCUGGAAUCCCGGCUCCGGCAUCAUUCAUCAAAUCAUCCUCGAGAACUAUGCCUUCCCGGGUUUGCUGAUGAUCGGCACCGAUUCGCACACGCCGAACGGUGGCGGUCUAGGUUGCCUGUGCAUCGGCGUCGGCGGCGCCGAUGCUGUCGACGUUAUGGCAAACAUCCCCUGGGAGCUCAAGUGUCCCAAGGUGAUCGGCGUGAAGCUAACGGGCGAGCUCAAGGGUUGGACCAGCCCCAAAGAUAUCAUCCUGAAAGUGGCCGGUAUUCUCACGGUCAAGGGCGGUACCGGUGCCAUCGUGGAGUACUUUGGUCCGGGCGUUGACAGCAUCAGCUGUACCGGAAUGGCUACCAUUUGCAACAUGGGCGCCGAGAUCGGCGCUACCACCUCAAUCUUCCCGUAUAAUUACAGGAUGCAGGAUUACCUGAAGGCAACCGAACGCUCGGAUAUCGCCGCAGCCGCCGAUCAACACAAGACGAGCUUGUUGUCGGCGGAUCCUAACGCCAAGUACGACCAGAUCAUCGAAUUGGACUUGUCAACUUUGGAGCCGCACGUAAACGGACCUUUCACACCCGACUUGGCUCAUUCGAUCUCUAAACUGGGCGAUGCCGCAAAAAAGAACGGCUGGCCAAAUGAAAUCAAGGUCGGCCUAAUCGGUUCCUGCACCAAUAGUUCCUACGAAGACAUGGGUCGAUGCGCGAACAUCGCCAAGCAGGCUCUGAAGCAUGGUCUCAAAGCAAAAUCCACAUUCAACGUCACUCCCGGAUCCGAGCAAGUCCGCGCGACAAUUGAGCGCGAUGGAAUUGCUGAAAUUCUUCGUGAUUUCGGCGGCACGGUAUUAGCUAACGCUUGCGGGCCCUGCAUCGGCCAAUGGGAUCGUCAGGAUAUCAAAAAGGGUGACAAGAACACGAUUGUCACAUCGUACAACCGAAACUUUACCGGUCGAAACGACGCUAAUCCGGCGACUCACGCGUUUGUCACCAGUCCCGAGCUAGUCACUGCUCUCUCCAUUGCUGGUCGGCUUGACUUCAACCCCCUCAGCGACAAACUAAAAGGCAAAGAUGGGAAAGAAUUCCUCCUGGACAAUCCGUAUGGUGACGAGUUACCUAAUCGCGGUUUCGAUCCCGGUGUGGAAACCUACGAUGCACCGCCGGCAGACGGUAGCAAGGUCAAGCUCGACGUGGAUCCGAAGAGCCAAAGAUUACAGUUGCUGGAACCCUUCGACAAGUGGGACGGCAAGGACUUGGAGGAUCUGACGAUUCUAAUUAAAGUCAAAGGCAAGUGCACGACGGAUCAUAUCUCCGCGGCCGGACCAUGGCUCAAAUAUCGUGGACAUCUCGACAAUAUUUCCAACAACUUGUUUAUCGGAGCCGUUAAUGCCGAGAAUGGCGAGGUAAACAAGAUCAGGAACCAAGGUACAAACGAUUGGGGCACCGUGCCGGACGUUGCACGCGAUUACAAAAAGAAGGGCGUGAAAUGGGUUGCCGUAGGCGACGAGAAUUACGGCGAGGGUUCUUCCAGGGAGCACGCAGCUCUGGAACCGCGUCAUCUUGGCGGUCGCGCCAUCAUCGUCAAGAGCUUUGCACGUAUCCACGAGACGAAUCUAAAGAAACAAGGUCUCCUGCCUUUGACUUUCGCCGAUCCCGCCGAUUACGAUAAGAUUCAACCUAACGAUAAGAUUAGUCUUCUUGGAUUAAAGGACCUGGCACCUGGCAAGCCAGUGAAAGCGCAAAUCAAGCACAAGGAUGGCAAAGUGGACACCAUCACUUUAAACCACACACUGAACGAGCAACAGAUCGGUUGGUUCAAAGCCGGCUCCGCCUUGAAUCGUAUGAAGGAACUUUCGAGCAGAUAAAUCGAGUAUCCGGAGAUUAGCCGAUUGUUAUUAACGCGUAACGCAUUUGUGUGAAAAUGGAGAGAACGUGCCGCCACGUCGCAGAAAUGAGGCAAAGUCGAUCGAGGUGCAUAACGUCGUUAUCAUAAUUCUAUCUCCUAGAGAUAAGCGAAUUAUAUAUACGCCAUAGUGCCUGGUAGCCAUCAUAGUCCAUCGUGACGCGAAUGUUUAAACGUAUAUCGUAAAAGCAUCUAAAGGAUCUUAAUCUUUUAAAUGUCUUUUAGAUAUGUAUUUAGAUGCGUGGUUAUUAUUAGGAAAAUCAUUUUCUCUUUAUCAUUGAUUUCUCCUUCCCUUCUCCCUCCGCCCUCGCGCUUCUACUUGACAAUACUUACAUCUUACGCGACAUGGAAAAAUAGUUUGAGACACUCUCUCCCUUAUUCUGCGAUACACCAAAGUAAUUGCGAUCUUAUUAACGGAUCGUUUCUGAAUCGCGUACAACUCGUGGCGUUGUUACAUGUACAUAUUACUUAUCAUUACCAAGAAUGUAGUGGUCUCGCCGUCGACGAGAACAAAUAAAUUAUUAGUCAACGA